AAUGGAAGUCGUGGAACGCCGGCAAGAUCGAACAAGGGAGGGCUAUGUGUUCAUAGCAUCUUGACUUUCCACACCGAUCAUCCUCGCUCGCCUUAUCUUUAUUUUCUAGGUCUUUCUCGCUCUGUUUUUCUACGUUGUCGCGCGGAUGAUCAAGCGGAUGACAGACAAGUUUGGGCAGUUGGGGCAUUCAAAACAUUCAGGUCCUAUUGUUCUGCCGCCAUCACCGGCCAGUUCUCGGGAUGGUUCCACUACACCGGUGUCCCAGCUUGGUUUGCAUCGUGGGUCAAUGUCUACUGAGAGGACGUCCCUCAGCGAAUGGAGCAAGCGCGAGAGCAGCGCUGAGCUUCCAGCUCCUAUACCACUCCCCCGCGUCGCUCAGAGACCCAAAGGCACUUAUCGUCUAUCAGACUUCAUAAUUCAACGAACGCUGGGAACCGGCAGCUUCGGCCGUGUUCACCUUGUACGGAGCAAACACAAUCUCCGCUUUUACGCUAUCAAAGUACUGAACAAGGAGAAGAUUGCGAGAAUGAAACAAGUAGAGCACACAAAUAAUGAACAACGCAUGCUGGAAGCAGUGCAGCAUCCCUUCAUCAUCAACCUAUGGGGCGCUUUCCAGGACUAUGCUAAUCUUUACAUGGUCAUGGAUUUUGUUCCCGGCGGCGAGCUGUUUACUCUUUUGCGUCGAUCAAAUAGGUUCCCAGAUCCCGUUGCUAAAUUCUAUGCCGCAGAGGUUGCUCUCGCUCUCAACCAUCUGCAUUCUAUCGAUGUAAUAUACCGUGACCUUAAACCUGAAAAUAUUCUCCUCAAUUUCGAUGGCCACAUCAAAAUCGCCGACUUUGGCUUUGCAAAGCAAUGUGCCUCUGUCACCUGGACAUUAUGUGGUACCCCUGAUUAUCUGGCCCCCGAGAUAAUUGGUCAGCAACGAUACAAUAAGAGUGUCGACUGGUAUGCGCUAGGCGUUUUAAUUUUUGAAAUGCUCUCUGGCCUACCACCCUAUCACCAACAAGAUGCCAAUCCCGUUCUGCUGUAUGAAAAGAUAACUCGCGGGCCUGCAUUUAUUCUAUGGCCUGCAUUCAAUAACUAUGCCACCGAUCUCAUUCUCAAGCUUAUGGAAGGCGACCCUUCGAAACGUUACGGAAAUUUACGACACGGGGCGGGAGAUGUCUUUGCACACCCAUGGUUUAGGGAGGUUGACUGGACCAAACUACUGAACAGAGAUAUCACAGCACCUUACUUGCCUAAAAUCACCGGAGAUGGUGACGCUAGCGCGUUCGAAAAAUAUCCUGAAGAUAACGUUGCAUCGACGUAUGGGUUGCAGGUUGAAGAUCUUUGGGGCAACAGUUUUCCGGAUUUUGAGUAUACCCACACAUGACCAGCAUAGUACCCUUGCAAAAUAACUUUUUCUUUAUUUAUAUUCUUGAAUAGCUUGUGGUGGACUUUGUCUGUAGGAUUCUAUCAUGUAACGCUGUCAUAUCGCUUUGUAAAAUAUCUUGUUGCAGGUCCAGUCAUGAAAUCGCAUCCCGAGUCGUGCUG